GGACUGCGCAGGCGUAACAUACACCCCUUUCCCCCCUCCUCCCCAACGAUCCCGAAGCCCCGCCCCGCCCCUGGGGUGCGCAUGCGGAGUGAGGUCACUGGAACGUGGACGGCCGUUGGACGGGAUCGGCGGCGCGCUAUUUGAAAACAAAGGAGUCGUUGGCGAGUGGCGCGCAGGGUCGGGUGUAGUUGGAAACGCAUUCCUGUCCGGUUUGUGUGGGACCCUGAUCGCUUCUUGUCUGAACCAUCUCAUCCGACCUCAGGUACAAGGCUGUAAAGGAAAGCAAAUGGCAACAGGACUAAUUUCUCCAAAUGUACUUUCCGAUGAUGAUGAGGUUGGCGUUUGGGAAUCGACUGCUGUUGAUAUGUUAAAUGGGGCCAUUGUGAAAAAACAAUUGUUGCCAGAACUCUCUGCCAUCUCACCUGGGACCAUCACACCAAAAAGCGAUGAUGCAGGGCGAGCCCCUGUAGAGACGGUUCCAGAAGAUAGAGUGAAGGUUUAUCUCCGGGUUAGACCAUUCACAGAGUCUGAGUUCGAGAAAGGAGAAUCGCAGGAUUGUGUUCUCAUUGAGGGUUCCGAAACACUCUUACUGCGAGCUCCCAAAGACUCAUUCGCCAUGCGGAGCUCAGAGCGGGGAAUUGGCCAGGCUGUACAUAAAUUCACCUUCUCUCAGAUAUUUUCCCCUGAGACAAACCAGAAAAUAGUCUUUGAUGUUGUCAUGAAGAACUUGGUAAAGGAAGCACUGGAGGGACAGAAUCGUUUGGUUUAUACCUAUGGUGUAACAAACUCUGGCAAAACAUAUACCAUUCAAGGAUCUCUUUCCAUUGUAGGCAGUAGGCGUGAGAAUGGAAUACUCCCUCGAUCGUUGGCCAUGGUAUUCAACAGCAUCCAGGGAAAACUAUAUCCCAGGAUGGACCUGAAGCCUAACCUGUGUAAUGAUGUAAUUAAGCUGGAUAACAAGAUGGUGAGACAAGAAGAGCUGAAAAAAGUUUCAUUACUUGGUGGUGCCAGAGAGGAGGAUCUGCACACUCCAAUGAAGAAGAACAUGAGCACAGAGUUUACACUGGGGGCAGCUCUUAGCUGUGAUUCUGAUAGUGGCAUUGGGGGCAUGUCCUCUGCCAGUAAUUUGGAAGAGUCUGCAUCCCGCUGGGCUGAUCAUGAUACAGUUAUUCUUCGUCAGGAGCAGAAUAUACACUACUCUAUUUGGGUCUCCUUCUUUGAGAUUUACAAUGAACUCAUCUAUGACUUGCUGGACACUAGUCUCACCGUGAAUGGCAAACGACAAACCUUAAAGCUGUGUGAGGAUAAGAAUGGAAAUAGCUAUGUAAAAGAUCUCACCUGGAUCAAUGUGAUGGAUGCAGAAGAAGCCUGGAAAAUACUGAAAGUUGGGCGUAAAAACCAAAGCAUAUCCAGCACGCACAUAAACCUAAACUCCAGCAGGAGCCACAGUAUCUUCUCCAUUCGGAUUCUGCAUGUGUCUGAAGAUUGGAAGGCUGUUCUUAAAACCAGCGAAUUAAUUUUGUGUGACCUGGCGGGUUCAGAGCGUUGUAAAGAACAGAAAUGUGGUGACAGGAUGAAGGAGGCAACUAAUAUUAACACUUCUCUGCACACACUAGGCAGGUGCAUCCGUGCCCUUCGCCAGAACCAGCAUAACAAGUCAAAGCCUAAUGUGGUGCCUUUCCGGGACAGUAAAUUGACUCGUGUGUUCCAGGGGUUUUUUUCUAACCAUGGGAUGUCUUGUAUGAUUGUGAACAUUAACCAGUGUGCAUCCAUGUAUGACGAAACCUUGCAGGUCAUGAAAUUUUCUGCUAUUGCUAGCCAGCUGAUACAAGCACCUUCAUCCAAGCUGUUCCCUUCCUUCCGCUCACUACUGCGUGAACAUGAUGGCUGGAAUAACUGCAAUGCUCAAACACCUCUUGAAGAACAGGAGGAAUUAGAUGAAGAUGAAGAGGAUGACAGUGAAGAUGAGACUGAUAUCAGUACGCUGGAUAAGGAGUCAUUGCAGAAAAUUAUUGAGAGCCUUCAGCAACACCUGAUUAAGGAGAAGCAAGACAAGCUGAUAAUGGAGAGCGAAAUCCGGCAAAGUGUUGUCAGUGAGAUGAUGGAACAAUACAACACUAUGGAAAGACACUGGAAAGAGCAGCUUGAGGAGCAAAAGGAUCGCUUAGAAGAUGCCUUUGAAGCAAAGAUGAAAAACUACCAAGAAUAUGUGAAAAUCUAUUAUCAGUUAUCCUCUGAAGAAGUUUCCGAUGAUUCUGGUGAUGAAAUGAGUGAGGGUAAAGCAAUGUCGCAGAAAAUCAGAGAACUAGAAGCAACUAUACAUCAGUUGAAGGCAGAGAGGAAGUCUACCAGCCAGUCAACAAGGCAAUCUACUCGCUUGGCCAAUACGAAGCUCACUGAUGAACUGCACAAUCUCAAACUGGAACUGGCAAAUGUGAAAACUGAGCUGGAGCAAAGCCAAGCACAGGCAGCGUUCAGUGCAGAAGAGUUGAAGCGAUACAAGGACAUGAUUGAGCUUCCAGCUGGAAUGAAACAUCUCACUGUUGAUGCUGACCGGAAGAUAGAAGCAGGGCAGAGAAAUGCAAAGCUGCUGCAGAAUGAGCUGCAGAAAAUAGGCCAGGCUUUGCAGAUAUCAGAAAGAGCAUGUUGUCAUAACACUGCAGCUGAAAACCUACGGCGCACUCUAGCCAAAUGUGAGGACCUAAUAGUAAAACAGGAUCAAACGUUGGCAGAUCUGCAGAAGCUGCUUAUUUUGGUAAAGUUGGAUCUGAAGAAAAAAAACGCAUGCAUUGCGGAGCAGUACCACACAGUCCGUCAACUUCAGGCAGGUCCUGGCUGCAAUAAACGACGCUGUGCUGGCAAUAUUGAAAAUCAGCCACCUCCAGGGAAAAAGCCAUUUCUAUCUGGUUUCUUGACCCCACUGAGGCUUGCCCAACAGCAGGGAGGUAGCACUCCCUCCAGUUAUAUUUUGCGAUCUCGGGCCAGAAUGGAUAAGGCAUUGCAUCUCUCUAGUGCAAAAUAUCAAUAAACUAUUAAGCCUUAGGGGUUUUGUAGAUAAUACUUUUUAAUUUUUAAAUGCAUUUGGAAAUUAGGUUAAAUCUAAAAAAAUUACAUGACAACUUCAACUCUUUUUAUAACCCUUUAAUUCUUCUGCAAAGAUUUGUAUGAAAUUAGGAACAGUAUGUUGGGAGAUUUGUGCCAGAAGUUAUGAUGCGUGCUUACUUUUGUAAGUAUUUUGUAUAUUAUGUUGCUCAGAAUCCAGUUUUCGAACUUUGUCUGGCCAGUAGUUGUUCAGAUAUGGUUUGGAGUUCCGCUCCACAAGUUAAUGAACAAGGAAUUAUCUUCAUGUUAGAUUUUUUUUAAAACAGGGGUAGUGUAUAGAGAUUAUCUUCAAAUAUUCUGACAGAUUAAGGUUACUAUUUAGAAUUUUUUCUUUUUGCCCUGAUGUUUUGUACAGAUUGAGGGCUUUGAAUAGAUAAAACUUUCCCUCUGUAUUAUGUUAUAUCUCUUUGUGGAAAUAAGUAAGCUUGUUAACCCUAUUUCCUUAAGCUUGUAUAUCGCUACUAUGAGUAUAACUAACCACAUUUUCAAGUAAGCCAUAUAUUUAUCUUCCUGUAUAUUCCAAAGAUAUAUUCAUUUGAGGUGAAAGUAGUUUUGCACCAAAGUGUAAGUUGUGUGCACUUUCUUUACCUGGAAGCUUAAAUAGUUCUGUUAGUCUCUUCAUAUUAUUGAAUGUAUUUCAGAAUGUGAGUAAUUCAUAUGAUUUUAAUGGUUAAACACUAGUGUUCACAAUGUACCCACAGUUUUUAAAGAAAUGUUACAAUGCUAACUUUGAAAGUUCAGUCAAUGGGAUUGUUGAACACUAAUUUCUAAUGAAGAUCAAAUGAGCUUUAACUAUCAAACUUGAUACAAUACUCCUAAUAAUAGAUUGGGUUUCUUUUAAGCAGCCCCUCCAAACUGAUUCAUACUAAGUAUGUAGCCCUUGGCCUACAAAUCAUCGAACUUGAUGUACCAAGAAAAGUAACAAUUUAAGGAAACUGUUAAUACUUCAUUCUUGUUAUAGCAUAACAGGACCCAUUGCAUAGCAUUCUUAAUUAGCAUCUUCUAAGAGAUUGAAUGUGCUUGUCAAAUGCCAAAGAUACCACUCUUUGUACUUAACAGUCCAUGGUAUUGUUGUAACUUCAAAUCCUUUUAAGUUGGUGUCUACUCUUAACUGUUUUGUAACUUGCUAUAUGCAUGUGAAAUUAAAAUGAAUUUCUUAAAUACAUAAUGGCAUACCCUGCUACAGUGUUGCUACAUCGGUAGAGUCCACAGGUCAGCUAUAUCAUUUGAUAUGGAGUUGCUGAUUUAUGUAGUACUUAAGUAGGGAGAAAUUGCAGAAUGUUGCAGUAGAGGAGGAUUUGGAGUGCCUGGGUACACUAGUCUCAAUCACUAUGCAGAUCCCUUGUGACUGGACAGGGAGCAUAAAAGCAGGAAAGUUUUCCUGCAGUUAUAAAAAGCAUUGGUGAAACCACAACAGGACUAUGCACAGACAGGGGCAUGUUGCUGUCAACAACACUGACUUCUAAUCAUGGAGUCCAUGGCUAGACACCAACCCUAGAGGUCUGUGUAGACAGAGGGAUUGCUGUUAGAAAAUUGUAUAGUCUUGGUCAUCUUACAUGAAAAAGGGCCAUUGCAUUCCAAACAGAGAUUGAGAGAGAUUUCUAGAGAGUUAUUAAGGGUCCAAAAGCUGCGUACAGUUGAGAUCAUAGGUGAGGGACCUAUUUGCUCCUAAUUGCUUUUGUGCUAGAUACUGAUUUGAAUGGCUAUAAAUGGAGUUAAAUUCAGAGGAAUAUUGAAAUGUCAAUGUUGACUGGUCAAGUGAAACUGAAAGGGGAGGGAGUCCAGUUCUUCACAACUGUCUGGAUGUACCUAGCUCUGGUCAUUUGCUUAAGGAUUUGAGUAUUAAUGGAAGUUUGGGGGGAGAAUGUUUUCUAUUUAGGUAAAUGACAUCAUUUUAAAGAAUAUUCUACCAAGAC